AUGGAGAUCUCAGCCCCUGCCGUCGUGACGCCGAAACCACCGAGACGCUUUGGCUCAGUCCGCAGCGCAUCGCAGCGAGCCACCAACUCGAUCAGCGAGGCGUACGGAACCUCGGCCGGAGCGAGCCUGAAUGGCAGCGUACGCUCAUCGUCACCAGCCAUGCCGUACGACACUAUCGCCGAGCAGCAAGCUUCGGGCAGCGUCACACCGACGCAGAGCCUCGCAAAAGGCAAGAAGAAGGACAAGGUACUCCGCGUCGAGGCCGACCGCAACCGUCGGUCGGCUUCGGCGGCGAGUAAUGGUCCCAGCACAUCGGCGCUGCCUGCGCCGGCCGCAGGGUCUGCUCCCUCGGCAAGGGUCGCAAAGGACCAGCAGCAGCAGAUGCUGAUCCCGCCCGGUAUGGUCUACGUCGACGGCGUUCUCCGUGUGGCGCCGGGCAUCCAGGGUGCGCUAAUGCCGCCCCAGGUGCCGCACUCGACGUCUGCAUCGCUGAGCCACAAGAUGGAGGACAAGGGCGGCUCCAACAACGACUAUUGCGAGGUCUGCCGCGGCAACGGGCGCUUCCUCUGCUGCGACGGAUGCCCGCGCAGCUUCCACUUCUACUGCAUGAACCCACCGCUUCAGAUUGACGAGAUGCCUCCGUCGAACGCCGCCGGCCUCGUGCCGGCCUCGCGGCUAUCUGCGAGCAAGGGCAGCAAUGCCAAGGGCAAAGGCAAGGCAAACAAUCAACGAGCGACGCCCGACAACGCGGCCGAGGAGAAUCUGGAGGAGAUGUGGUUCUGCAACGUCUGCGUAGCAGAGAGGAACCCCUCGGCUUUCAAGCCUGGCAAGGGCUUCGGGCCUUUUGGCCCGCUGAUCCAGCAGAUUCAGCUCGACAACCCGCGCGAGUUCCAGCUGCCUGCCGAGAUCCGCACCUAUUUCAAAGGAGUCGCGACGGCCAACGACGGUACCUACACCGAUGCCAAUAUGCUCAGACAGCUCAAGCUUACCAAGCAAGGCUUUCUCGAGGAUCGCGACCCCUUUAGGCUCAAGGACAAGGCCGGCAAGGCAGUCCUCUGCUUCCGAUGUGGUUCGUCAGCUCUGCCUCUGCCUUCGACCGGCGGCGGCAGCACCACAUCCAAAGCCUCCGAGUCUGCCAAGGUGGAUGCGGCCGUCGCGAGCGGGCAGACGAGCGUCGAUCCGACGAUCAAGGAGGGCAAGGGGUGGCGCAAGAUCGUCAGCUGCGACUUCUGCGCCUUGCACUGGCACAUCGACUGCGUCGACCCGCCCAUGGUCAGCAUGCCGCACGUGUCCCGAAAGUGGAUGUGCCCGGCUCACAGCGACCACGUGCAGCCCAAACGCCGCGUUCCACGCAUCGGCCCAGCCGUGCCCCAGACCAUCGAUCUGCCGGUGCCGAGCGCUUCCAACAUCGGGCCCGGGCGGCACUACCGCACGCGGGUCCUCAACAACGGCGACAUCGACAUUAUCCCAGAUCCGCUCGACACGUUUUUCGGCGCUGAGGGCGUCGGACGAAGCCUCGAAAAGGGCUGGGACGGGAUCGCGGGUGUCACGGACGCGUACGUCACCAACUCGGGCGGCUCGGUCCUGACGACAAAGUACCGCUACCGCCUGCCGGAGAAGGUCAUCCGCACCGAUUUCUGGAACAAGGUCGGCGGUAGCGAUCCGGCGAGGAUCGGCGACAUCUUCUACGUUGCCGCGCAGGACAUCGCUUCGGGCCGGCACGGUGCGAGGGUAUCGCUGGCCAGUGAUCGCUCCGAGCCACUCGCGGGUACGAGGUAUCGGCCAUUCGGACAGCGAGACUAUCCGCGCUCCGGGCUCGACUCGCUGGCCGACAUCGCGAUUGCGCGCCUUCUCAGCGACGAGCUCGCCCACACCGAUCACGUCGACUAUGUCCGGCCGUCGAGGACGCGCAAGCUGAUCGAGACGGCGCUCCAGGUCGAGAUCCCGACCAACGACGAGGUGCCCGAGUCGAGCCUGCGGGCCUCGCUCGAGGAAGAGGAAGAGGAUAGGAAGCUGGCGGGCGACGGAGCGGAUUUGGACACUGUGGAGGCAGCCGGAGCGGUGGCAGCAACGAUGACGGCGGAUCCGGAGCGCCGGGGCGACAGCGCAAGGAACAAGCGCAAGCGGGACGACAAAGGCGCCGAUUCGGACGCCAGCAGCUCGCUCACCGACCUCUCCGACGACGAAGACGACAGUGGCACGGCGUCCACCAGCGUCCAGCAGGCCAAAGCCGUUGUUCCGCAGACCCCGCGCAACGCGGCGCCGGCUGCGUCGGCCGGAAGGAUGUCGACCCCCCGACCCGGUAGCGCCGCGCCUCCAGCCACGCCCGGCGCGGCCAGUGGCGGCGCAAAGAAGAGGCAGCGUCUCGACACUGGCGCCUCUUCGAGCAUCGGCUCGACCUCAGCCUCUGCCUCCUCAUCCGCCCUGCUGCCGUCGGCGCUGUCCAGCUCGACCGGCAGCGGCACCAGGGCCACGACCACAUCGGCGGCCGACGCGGCAGCCGACGCCGAGCUGCGGACGGCCAAGCACGAUGCCGCCGUGCUGCGCGACCAGUACGAGCAGCAGAAGCGCGAAGUCGAGCAGCUGCGCGCGGUGCAGGAGCUGAUGCGCAUCAAGGGGCCCGGCAAGCUGCUCGAGUUCCUCCUGGCCCCGUGA